AGGCAGGGGCGCCCCGGAGGCUUGGCGGGGUAUGCACACGCGCCGGAAGUGACGCAUCGCCCCCCGCGACAGCUAGCAACGGCUAUGGCGCAUAUCACCAUCAACCAGUAUCUGCAGCAGGUGUAUGAAGCGAUCGAUACCAGAGAUGGAGCAUCGUGUGCAGAGCUGGUGUCCUUCAAGCAUCCUCAUGUGGCAAACCCCCGGCUGCAGAUGGCUUCUCCAGAAGAGAAAUGUCAGCAAGUUUUGGAACCCCCUUAUGAUGAAAUGUUUGCAGCUCACUUAAGGUGCACCUAUGCAGUGGGGAACCAUGACUUCAUAGAGGCAUACAAGUGCCAGACAGUGAUAGUCCAGUCCUUCCUGCGGGCAUUUCAGGCUCACAAAGAGGAAAACUGGGCUCUCCCUGUCAUGUAUGCGGUGGCCCUAGACCUUCGAGUGUUCGCCAAUAAUGCUGAUCAGCAAUUGGUAAAGAAAGGAAAAAGCAAAGUGGGGGAUAUGUUGGAGAAAGCCGCCGAGUUGCUAAUGAGCUGCUUCCGGGUCUGCGCCAGCGAUACUCGCGCUGGCAUCGAGGACUCGAAGAAGUGGGGCAUGCUGUUUCUUGUGAAUCAGUUGUUCAAGAUCUACUUUAAGAUCAACAAGUUGCACUUAUGUAAGCCCCUCAUCCGCGCCAUUGACAGCUCGAACCUGAAGGAAGACUACAGCACUGCGCAGAGGGUCACAUACAAGUACUAUGUUGGGCGCAAGGCUAUGUUUGAUAGUGACUUUAAGCAAGCCGAGGAGUACCUGUCCUUCGCCUUUGAGCACUGCCACCGCUCCAGCCAGAAGAACAAGAGGAUGAUCCUCAUAUACCUGCUGCCUGUGAAGAUGCUGCUGGGCCACAUGCCAACCGUGGAGCUGCUGAGAAAGUACCACCUCAUGCAGUUUGCUGAGGUGACCAAAGCCGUGAGCGAGGGCAACCUGCUGCUGCUGCAUGAGGCACUGGCCAGGCAUGAGACCUUCUUCAUCCGCUGCGGCAUCUUCCUCAUUCUGGAGAAGCUCAAGAUCAUCACCUACAGGAACCUCUUCAAGAAAGUGUACUUGCUACUGAGAACCCACCAGCUGUCCCUGGACGCCUUCCUGGUCGCCCUGAAGUUCAUGCAUGUAGAGGACGUGGACCUGGACGAAGUGCAGUGCAUCCUGGCAAACCUGAUCUACAUGGUGAGGCCACAUCAAGGGCUAUAUAUCCCAUCAGCACCAAAAGCUGGUUGUCAGCAAGCAGAACCCAUUCCCCCCGCUGUCCACUGUGUGCUGACAUGGGUCCACAGAGAAACAGUGCCCGAGCCCUGGAACCCUGUCCUACAGCCAGUCUGCCCUGAGCCCCCGAGCCUCACUGUGGCCGGAACCUCCCGGUGCUUUCGUGGGGUGUCAAGAUGUAUCUGUCAGCACGCCCCAGUGUCGUGGACCCUCCUGAGUCACCAUGAUGGCAUUGGUGGCACCCUUUUCUCAGGGAGUGCUGCGGCUGCUGACCUGUAGCACUGACCCUGGGGAGGCAGCAGUGAAUGUGGGCAAUCUUUGUGACUUUUGGUAGCUCUUUCUAUAAAGAAGGUAUUUGAGAUUUAUACUUAUAGCUUAUUC